AUGAAUAAAAUCGUGCUGUUUUCUCUGGUGUCCUUGGCCGCAGCCAAGCCGGUGAUCGUGAACCAAGAUUCCGGAAGUUACAUGAUACCAACAUUUGCCGCUUUACAUCCAUAUCCGAUUGAUCGAUCCGAUCAAGAAAGCUUGGGCACUUCCGGCGGCGGUGGUUACGGGGGUGGCUACGGCGGUGGUUACGGAGGUGGAGAUUUCGGCGGCGGUCAUGGGGGUGGAGACUUCGGCGGCGGUCACGGAGGAGGUUUCGACGGUGGGCACUUAGAAUCCUCGGGCGGUCAAUUCGACGGAGGUCAUCAGGAUUUCUCGUCAAUCGGUGGCGGUCACGGUGGUGGAUUCGACGGUGGUUACGGUGGUGAUGAUGGUGGUCACGGAAUUUCCCUGGACGGUGGGCACAAUCACGUUCACAGUGUUCCCGUCUCCGAGCACAUCGAAGUGACGAAGCCUAUAGCCGUGCCAGUCUACAAACACGUCGGUGUUCCGGUACCGAAAUCAGUGCCGAUUGCCGUGCCACAUCCGAUUGCGGUUGGCGUUCCGCAACCUUACCCCGUGCACGUACCCGUACCGAAGCACAUUCCCAUACAGGUCGUGAAGACGGUGGCUGUUCCGGUGGAGAAGAAGGUCCCUUAUCCCGUGGAGAAGCAUAUACCGGUACCCGUCGAGAAGCCGGUUCCCAUCACGAUCGAGAAACACAUCCCCGUUCCGGUUGUGAAGCCGUACCCCAUUAAAAUUCCCGUUUACAAAACCAUUUACCAUCACGCGAAGAAGGGUCAUUAG